AUGUCCCCAGGGCAACUCUACACCAAACUCUGUCUCGCGGCUGGACACAAGGCGGCUCUUGAAUCUUGUAAUGGUGUUUCAUCCAUAGCAAGCCAAAGAUCACUCAGAGAUUGCUUACAAUUUCGAACGAACGCCGUCAGAAUCUUGAACGAUCUUCUGCAGGAUCCCGUGACUGCGGUGGCAGAGUCUACAGUGUUACUUGUUGGCUCAAUCGUGACAAUCGAGACCAUCAAUGCCGAAUUUGCGGCUCUGCAGACACAUAUGAAAGGCCUGGCAACGCUUGCAGAACUAGCUGGCGGUCUUGAUGCAUUGGAGCACAUGACAGUUUCCAGCAUAUACCAGUACAACACCCCUUUAAUGUUUAUCCCAUUCGCGGCUAAUGCUCCCAGUGCUGUUACGGUGUAUGCAGCUCUGCAGAAUGAACCACCAAUCAUCCCAAUGUCAGCUAAGUUUCGCAGCGAGAUACUUCAGGAGCCCGCCAUUUUUUAUCGAAGGCCUGAUGCUUACGCAAUUGGCUUCGUAAUCCCGCCCUAUAUUGCUACUCUUGGUUCUCGCUUUGCUAGCUCCCGCUGGUACACAGAGGUGUCUCCAUCUCUAAAGUACUUUCUCCCGAUCUUCACAAGGCUCAUCCAACAUUUUGAGCUCGGCAAAGCAUAUCCUGAACUCGUGAACGAUCUUAACCCGCCUCUCCGUUACUCCCUUCUCGUCUACUUAUACGUCCGUGUCUCCCAUGUCCAAUCUCUUCCCAUCGUGCGCCACAUGGUGGAAACCUUCAAGCAUAUCCUUGCACCCCGAAUUCCUUAUCUCCUGGUGAUCGCUCCUGACUUGCUAUUCUGGAUGCUUGUUAUUGGAGGGCUAGGAUCUAAGGGCUACAACACUCACUCAUGGUUUGUUGAUCACACUGCGUAUGUGGCACAGCAUGUUGGCCUUAGCGACAGGCAUCAGGCACGACGCCUGCUCGGGGAGUUCUUUUACACUGAUCAGCCUGAGGAUACAUGGUAG